GAGAGAGGCGACAGCGGAGGCUGUAGGGAUCUUAGGAGAACCCCGAGAAAGUGCGCAAGCGCACUGACCCCUCCAAGCCCUAGCAACCAGAGCAGUGACAGUAGCAACCGCCGGAAUGGCAAAAGCAACAACAAUCAAAGAAGCCCUAGCCAGAUGGGAAGAGAAAGCCAGUCAGAAGCCAUCUGAAGCCAAGGAGAUAAAGCUUUAUGCCCAGAUCCCCCCUAUAGAGAAGAUGGAUGCAUCCUUGUCCAUGCUUGCUAAUUGCGAGAAGCUUUCACUGUCUACAAACUGCAUUGAGAAGAUUGCCAAUCUGAAUGGCUUAAAAAACUUGAGGAUAUUGUCUUUAGGAAGAAACAACAUAAAGAACUUAAAUGGACUGGAAGCAGUAGGGGACACAUUAGAAGAACUGUGGAUCUCCUACAAUUUUAUUGAGAAGUUGAAAGGUAUCCAUGUAAUGAAGAAACUGAAGAUUCUCUACAUGUCCAAUAACCUGGUGAAAGACUGGGCUGAAUUUGUGAAGCUGGCAGAUCUGCCGUGCCUGGAAGACCUGGUGUUUGUAGGCAAUCCCUUGGAAGAGAAACACUCUGCCGAGGGGAACUGGAUUGAAGAGGCAACCAAGAGAGUGCCCAAACUGAAAAAGCUGGAUGGUACCCCAGUAAUUAAAGAGGAUGAGGAAGAAGAAAACUAACACUACAUUUUCUGCUUCGUGUUAACUUAUUUAAAUGUUGUAUAAUUGUCUAUUUUAAAGAUUCUCUGUGGAGCGAAUGUUCUUAAGAUAAAACAAAUCUCUAAUUCCUAUUUUUUUCUUAACCUAUUUACUGUUUCUCCCCCCAAGUGGUAACACUAACUUUAUACAUUGUAGUCCUCUUUUUUAAAAGUACAAAUUUUCCAUUUUUGUUCAGUCUCCAUCUGCUGAAAUCUUUGCAGAGCGACCAAUCGUUUUUAACAACAAAGAAACAAAUGGGUUCUUCGUUUAAUUUUUUUUUUUAGGUCAGGCAUUUAAAUAUAUACACUUGAUUUUUGAAUCUGUAGACCAUCUUUCCUGAAGGUCCGUCUCCUUAUGACUCAGAAGCACAAACGCGUCGUGCCUUCGGCUCAGAAGGCGGCACGGGGCAGGAAGAGCUCCUCGCAGACAGCCGGCAGCAGCCGUAGAAGCGAGACUCCAAGUCAUAGUGAAAAAACUGUGGUGAAAAAAGAAAAAUUAGUAUCUUGGAGGCCUUAUAGCCCAUGUUAUGUUUACUUACUUAUUUUUAAAAAAAAUACGUACAUCGUCAACUGGAAUUUAGGUUGUGCGUACCUUGUAGCCACUUGCGCGUCACUGCGCACAGCGGUCGGUCACUCUGCAGUGCAGGUCAGCGGUCAACGUGACUGUCGCCAUCAUUCUUUUGACCAACACUGUGGUCGUGUCACUCGUGUGGACCUGAUCUGAGGCACGCUUUGGGGUUUAUAGCUCUUUGGAUGUUAUAUGAGGAAAUAUAUAUAAGUAGUAGUUAUAUUUGAAUUCCUAGUCUAAGUCUUGGCCAUUCGUAUGUGUCAAAAUUCGCCCUCAUAACUUUGGUUGGGUGACCGUUGUGUUGGGAAAAGUGACUGUCAUAAGAGUAUAGAAGUUAAAGCCUCGAUUUGGUACCUUUCAACAAAGUAAAUUUAGUAUUUCAAAAUAUAUUUUUAGAGAAUGUCUAAGUUAAACAGCUCUUAAAAUGAAUUAUGUAAGUGGUUAUAGAGGGAAAAGAGAUAUUUCAUUAUGGGAUCCCAGGCAAAUGGCAAUAUUUUUGAGAUUGCUUCCUCAGUGUGGCAUUGUAGCUGAUUCAACUCAAAAUUGCAGAGCAAUAGUUGGAUGCAAAGCUUAGAAUUUAUGAUAUAAGAAAGAAAUUCCUUAUGGAAAGUGCAAGAUGCGGUGGUCAGUAACCAGAUGAAGGCCACAGUGCCCGUGGCCAGACCACUGAUAGAUCGCAACACGGGAGUCAGAGGCCCUCCGCCAAACUGUGCCUGCAGUCCCUCAACGAGAGACUUGAACUCCAUUUUCUCAUUUACUUGUGUAAAAAUCAGCCAAAGAGGGAGGAUCCAUUUUUAAAAAGUGAGUACAGAAGUAGUCCUGAGUUUCAGAAGUUUUCAACUAUUACUUAAAUAGGAAUUACAUGAUUUUUCAUAGUCACACUGAUCAAAAGGCGCCACCGCUUUGACAAUCAAUUCUGAAAAGGAAAGAUUAACCCAACACUUUUUUAGCUACCUGUUAGCUCUUCCUCACAAUGCGACAGGAAGUCAUCGUUCCUCUGAUUGGCUUACCCAUUCAAAGCCUUUGGGUACUUCUUUUGUGAACCAGAGGCAGUGAGCAUUCCCCUCCGGGAUUUUAAGGCACAGAAGCUAAGAGGGAAGAUGGUUUUCCUGUAGUAUGAAUUUAAUCUAGUAGGCAAGCUUGAAGCCAUACUGCUAUAUAUGGGUACACUUCCUAAAAGUUACCCUGGAAGUGAAAAUAAUAGGGAGUGGUGACUGACAUCAAAUUGAGUUUUUUGUAAAAUGGCUUACAAUGUUUAGGUUUUUUUUAAAAUUCUGCAAUGCAGAAACUGAUUUUCUGUUUCUCCUUGUUUCUUAAUGUCUUUUCAUCACUGGUAGUUACAAAAGAAAUGUAAGGUGCUUUUCUGUGUCCAUUUCACACCAAACUCACAUUCAGUUCUACUCAACAAACAUUUGAAUGACUUCUAUGCAUCCUUUGCAUGGGAUGAAACCCAGAAUCCAUGCCGUUAGAAAAUGGAAGGUGGGGUGUACUAAGAAAUUCAGAAUGUUCUCUCAAAUCAUUCCUUAACUCAUCCUUUACCACUGCAAAUUUAUCUGAUAUGCCUUCGAUUUAUGUGUCUUAGAGCUUUAGCCCACUUGUGCAGAUUCUCUCUGUGCUCCUAGUUUAAAGCAUUAUGCCAUUUUAGUGGAUCAUUCAUUUCAAUUGUAUUUAUUCUUGUGAUGAUGGUAGAGCUCUGUUAUCAGUCCAGUAUUGUAAUAUUUCCACAGGAAAUUUGAUUUUAGUCUAUCAACUAAUUUAAGUUUUCUAUGUUCCCUGAGUCUAAGCUUAUGGCUGUAUUACCUAGUCGGGUAUGGAAGGUUUUGUGUUCUCUGUUCACAGGAGUUUGCUCCUUUAAAUCACAGUCACUGUUGCAGUAUCAACAUUUGGGUUCGAUAAUGUUGUGGGGGGCUGUCCUGGGUAUUACAGGAUGUUUAGCAGCAUCUCUGAUUCUACCUAUGAGAUGCCAAGUAGAGGCUUCUUGCCGGUUGUGAUAACCGAAAAUGUCUUCAUGCGUUGCCAUCUGUCUCCUGGGGCAGAGGCAUUGGAACAAAUUCACCCCUAGUGAAGAACCAGUGCUUUAUACAUUGAACAUUCCUCUUGUCCAGAGCACAUUUCUUUUCACUCUGUAGCCAGUGCCACCUUAGUUGUAUGAGGGAAGGUGAUGUGUUUAGUGAUCACGUGUGGAAGGAAAUAGUCGCUGGUGUUUCCGUCUUUUGUAAUGCUCAUUUUAAUAAUUCUCACAUCACAUUAGAAACUCAGGGCUGGAAGGUUCAACUUAUUCUUUUUUUCAGCAGGAUCUCAACUUUUAUUUCUUAGCAUUUUGCUUAUCUUAGAACAAUGAUUAUUAACCUACCUCUCUCUUACUAUCAGCGGGAUCCAAGUUUAUGAUAGAUUUUGGGUUGUCUCUAAAGUUUAACACUUUUAAGUAUAUUUUAGAAAAUUGAUUGUCAUUUUUUAAGUGUUCAUUCAUUGUCUAGUAAUGCACAGGACUUUACAGACUGUAGCAGUCAUUAAAUACAGGAAAUACUGUACAAAAUUUGGUGAUCAUGUAUGAAAGUUAGUGGGUGUAGACACCAGUUUUGGAUGCUUUCAGAAUGUCUGGUUACUGGAUCCAGUCCACAAAUAGAGGUGGUAUAUGUCACUUAAAUGUGGUUCCUGUUUGGAAAGAUAAAUUUUGACUUGGAUAGAUGCUUCUUCUGAUGCCUAUUUCAAGUAGAAUAAGGAAGAGUAAGAAAUGAAUCUUAACUGUUGACUGAUUUUCAGAGUUGGUGAUGUGUAAGUAGAGUUGAAGGUAGUGAUCUUUGUGACCUAGAAUCUUCCACCUGGGUUUUUCUCAGGACUAAAGGGUAGAACUAGGAAGGUUGGAUUUAAUCAUUAAUUUUAAAAAAAUUGGGGGGAAGUGCCAAGCAUCGAUCACAAGUACUUAGUGUCUCUCUAACGGAAGUCUCUUAGUCACAAAGACUUUAUAUUGUAAGUAGUGGUAAAGGGAGAAAGCUAACUGCUAAAUUGAAAGUUACUCUUCACCAGGAUUUAAUUCCUUUGGCAUACAUUCUCUUUAUUUGGGCUGCUUAAUGUGUCUGUAAAUAAUUAAGUACAAAACAAUCUUGAGUGCAGCAGAGUGGGUCCUCUGACACAGCUGACGUGACUACAGUCCUUCAUCUUCACUCCAGCAUGAGGCUGUUUUAUUUUUUUUGGAAAACCACAAAAUAGGUGCAAUUAAAAAAAUUAAGGGUAUUUUUUAAAAAAUCACUGAACUUUAGAAAUCUCACAUCUACAUCUCUAUUCCUGUCUUUUUAUAAACUAGAGACUGCAAAGGAAGAACACUAAAAGGAAAAACCAGACUGAGUCUUACCUUUUUCUGACCUAAGGUAAAUUUUCACUUGACACUUGGAGAAGUCAUAACUGGAUUCUAGUUAAUUUCCCAUAUUGUGGUUAGAGAGGAACCAGCCAACCAAAUUAUGAUCUAGCAAAUUUAAUAAGGGGGUGGGGGAGAGUAAACUAUUUUUCAACAGACUUGCACUUUAAAAUUAUGAACUGGAGGUUGGCUGGAAGUACUCCCAAAGGGCAGAGGGGUCAACGUCCUGCCCGCAUGUGGAUAUUAGAGAGUCAAACCUAUGCUGCUCGUCUUAAGCCCACGGAGCAAUAGUUGUCUGUUGGCGUAAUCAGAGGCAGGAUUUCCUUAUUUCCCUAGUCGGUGUCACCUUCCCCGUCCACCACACUGACCGUCUUCCUUGGGGGGACGUGUCAAGUAGAAUUCUCCUACUCAGAAACUUUGUUAUCUUCCCCACAUCUAGAUUUUAAACAUUCAUUUAGAUGUUGGCUAAGUGAAGUUGUGGCGAAUGUUAGGAGGGUGGGAGGUUCCCUGCUUCUGUGAUCAGCAGGGUACCUGCCUCUGAGGUGCUGGUGCCCAGAGACAUCGACCCCACCGAAAGCCUGGGGUCGGGAGCUGGGAGGGAAUGGGCUCUGGCUCCCACGGUGUCAAUGGUGUCAGUCGUCAUUGCAAGCGUCAUUCCAGAAUCUCUGGCUUCUAGAACCAACUCCAUUCUGAAGAACCUUUAACAUCUAUUAACACCUAUUAAAACUUUGGUAAUAAUCUUUUAUAUGCAGGAAUUUUGUAGCAUGACUUUAUGACUAAACUUAAUGUGUUAAAUUAUUUAGAAAAGUUGAGUUUCUGAAUGUUAUUUUGUGAGACUUGUUUUAAAAUAGUAAUAAAUGGUGUUAUUUUAUAAAAAAAAUCUGUACCUUUUUUGGUUACAUAACCAUCAGUUUUAGUUAAUUAGAACAAAUAUAUGAACUUCGUAUAAUUCCAAAGAAAUUAGUCCUUGGAAAUCAAUCCUUGGAUAACACGUUCCAUAGCUGUGUGUGUGUGUGUGUGUGUGUGUGUGUGUUUGGGGGCAUGUGGGGUGGGAAUAAAUGGGGAAGCAGUGAGUGGGAAGAGAGGAAAUAAGGAUGUCUAUGGGGGUCAAAUCUGUAGAGAUGUGUUGAGAGUGUGAGGGAAGAACAGAUAUCAUAUGGGAAGUGAGAUGAAUGUACAGAAAAAGCUGUUAGAACAUAAUACCACUAUUAGCCUUUAUAACUACAUUUCUUACACCUGAUGAUUGUCACAAUAGGUUGGCUAUCAUUUUAAAGCCUUGUUACUAGGGGGAAACUCCCGCUGAACACAAUGUUCAUGUAAUCACUUCUGGAUUCACUACGACCUCAAAAGAUGCACAUAGUCACUGAACCUCUGCAGCCAAAUAAACAUGUUUUUAAGCCAUAUUUCCCUUUUUUAUAUCCUCUUGAUAUAAAAUGGAUGCUGUAAAAUCAAAACAUUAAUUUUACAUAGUUAUUCCUGCAGCAAAACAGUUUUAG